AUGUCAGAAAAGGCUCCUCUUCUUCAUUAUCGACUCACCACGAGCACUGGUCCGGAGCCGAAAGAUGUUCCCAAACACAGCAGUGCUAAGGCGGGCAGAGACGGCCGACGGACCAAGGAAAAAACCGCCCCAAAACUCGGAGUGGUGUUUGGAGUGGUCAUACCAACUUUACUGUCCAUGUUCAGCGUCGUUGUGUUUCUGCGAAUUGGAUUUGUUGUGGGUCAAGCCGGGCUCUAUCAAUCUAUUGCCAUGUUCCUGGUGGCCUACUUCAUUAUCACAAUGACUGUGCUUUCUGUGUGCGCCAUUUCCACCAAUGGGGCUUUAGACGCUGGAGGUGCGUACUACAUGAUCAGUCGAGCCCUGGGUCCAGAGUUUGGUGGCAGCAUCGGGAUCAUGUUUUUCUUUGCCAAUGUGUGCGGCAGUGCUCUCUACAUUCUGGGUCUGGUUGAGGCUAUCUUGUCUGCCUUUGGCAUCCCAGAAGAGGGUGCUGCACAUGUUGCAGGUCUCCAUCAGGUGUUGCCUACAGGAUACUGGUGGUCUUUGCUUUAUGGCACCGUCCUACUCUUCCUAUGUUUCAUUGUCUGCUUGGUGGGAGCGCACAUCUAUGCCAAAGCCACCUUUAUCAUUUUCAUCAUAGUCACGACAGUCCUGGCUUCCAUUUUCAUCAGUUUCUUCAUUGUGCUGCCUAUUGUGGUGAUUCUGCCAGAUACCUCUGUUUUUAACAGCACCAGCCUAAGCACCGCCAAUUAUACUGGUUUCCGGCUCCACACCUUGGAGGACAACCUAUUGCGUAAUUACACAGUAGACUACACCACUGGUGCCAUGAUGAGUUUUGCCACAGUGUUUGCUGUCAUGUUCAAUGGCUGCACUGGAAUCAUGGCAGGCUCCAACAUGUCAGGUGACCUGAAAAAUCCCAGUUAUUCCAUCCCAAGAGGAACGCUUGCAGCUGUGCUUAUAACUUUCAUCACGUACAAUAUGCUUAGUCUGAUGGCUGCGUGGUCCUGUGACCGUUGCCUACUCCAAAGAGACUACAGUUUCCUGGGAGACAUCAAUAUUUGGCCGCCCCUGGUCACAGUCGGGAUUUACUCCUCCACUAUGUCUGCUGCUAUGAGUAACCUGAUAGGAGCCUCCAGGAUCUUAUAUGCUCUGUCUAAAGACAACCUGUUUGGUGGUGUCCUGGCUCUGGCGAGGAAAACAUCUCGAAGUGGGAACCCCUGGGCCUCGGUGCUUGUCUCCUGGUUGCUUGUACAGGUGGUGCUGUUCGCUGGUAAAUUGAACACCAUAGCUGGUAUUGUAACCAUUUUCUUCUUGUUGGUCUAUGCUGCUGUGAACUUGGCCUGUUUGGCUCUAGAAUGGGCUUCUGCACCAAACUUCAGGCCCUCAUUCCGUUGUUUUACCUGGCAUACCUGCACAUUGGGCAUCCUUGGCUGCUUGAUCAUGAUGUUCCUGAUCAGUGCCAUUUAUGCCUUUGCCAGCAUAGCCUUCAUGUUGCUGCUCUUGAUGCUUAUCCACUACCUCGGUCCCAUCAGCAACUGGGGGUACAUCAGCCAGGCUCUCAUAUUCCACCAGGUACGCAAGUACUUGUUGAUGUUGGAUGUGCGUAAAGACCACGUGAAGUUCUGGAGGCCACAGGUGCUACUGAUGGUGGCAAACCCUCGCAGCUGUACAGGUCUCAUGACUUUCAUCAAUGACCUGAAGAAGAGUGGCCUCUAUGUACUGGGACAUGUGAAGCUGGGUUUACUAGAUGGGUUGCCCUCUGAUCCUUUGCAGAGCCGUUAUGACUCCUGGCUGUCUCUAGUAGAUCAUCUGAACAUCAAGGCAUUUGUCAACCUUACCCUGGCUGACUCUGUCCGACACGGAGUUCAGAACCUGCUUUUCAUUACAGGAUUUGGUGGAAUGAGACCAAACACCAUUGUCUUGGGUUUCUAUGAUGACUGCACCCCUCAAGACCACCUCCAAGGUAAAAUUCUUGUGUCUACAGGCCAUGGCUUGGAUGCAGUCUGUCCAACCAAAGAGCCUGGAGAGCAGCGACCCCCUUUUUUCUCCAUUGUGCGGGGUGCUGAAGAACUCAAAGACCUUCAGAAAGAGGAAUAUGUGUCAGUGAUCGCUGACGCUGUAAAAAUGGGGAAGAAUGUGACACUGGCUCGUUACUUCAACCAGUUUAACCGAGAGGAGGUCUUGGGAUCAGGAAGAAAGAUUGGAGGCUACCAAAGCAUGACAGGGCCAUUCGUUGAUGUGUGGCCUCUGAAUCUGCUUCGACCAGACAGCUGUGGCUAUGUCGACAUCUGCUCACUGUUCCUCCUGCAGCUGGCUUGCGUGCUUCAAGAGACCCGUGCCUGGAAACAGGCAAGACUCCGCCUCUUCCUAUGUGUGGAGGCUGGUUGCAGUUUGCAGGAAGAGGAAGAGACGAAGCUCAGGGUUAUGCUGAAGGAGCUGAGAAUAUCAGCCCAGGUGCAGAUGGUUGCUUGGGACCAGGUGGUAGCACUGCAUUGGCAGAGACAAGGAGGAAAGGAGAGAGGGAAUCUGGUGGAGUCUGCACAGAAUGAGGAGAGGAUGGAGAGAGAAGAGAAAACUGAGAAAGAAAAUGGUAUCCAAACGUUCCCCAAUAAUGCCGCUCAGCUUACAGAUGAAUAUAUCUGCGCCGUCAACAGUCUGAUUCACCGACAUGGAGCCCCUAAACCUGCUGUGCGUUUCCUGUACUUGCCACGCCCACCAGCAGACACAAAUCGUUACUCUGCCUACCUGCACCAGGUGGACCUGUUGAGUCGAGAUCUUGGCCCGACAUUGCUCAUUCAUGGAGUCACUCCUGUGGUCACUACCGAUCUCUAG